GUUUUUUAUUGGAAAAAGAAAACAAUCUAGGAGUAAAAAAACUCUUCACCGCCGAAGCUCGUCGGUGGUGCUCCGCCCGUCCGCCGUGCCCGCCUGCCCCCUGUAGAGCCUGCGUCCGCCGCGCUAGCUGGCCGGCGCCUCACCGCCGUGGAUCUGGCCUCAUCAGCCUCGCACUCCCCACCCGCAUCGUUCCCGAACCGCACCACCAACGCUCGCCGCGUGCUCCUCCUUCCGCCACCGAUUCAAUCUGACGGGACGAGAGCUGGGGGAGCACGGGCGCGUCCGAUUCGGUGCCGUCUCAUGGUGGUGCUUCGGCGGGCAUCUCUCGUCUCCGAGCAGCCGAACACGAGAGAUCCCACCCGCGGCGCCGAAUCCAUUCUGCAGUGAGAGGUUAUAUUCAUCAGAUUUGUUGGUGACAAGUUCUGUAUGCAUUGGUGCUGUUAACUCAGUGGUUGGAUUCAGAUGUGCAAGAUAUUGUGAAUUUGUUGCCGAUGCGUAUCUGAAGAACUUUGCAUCAAGGUUCAUUCACAUGUUCUAGUAGUUUAACUAUUUUUUUCUUGCUUCUUACAGUUGACCUGACCAUUGCUCACAUCUUGUAUGUUCAUGUCCUCUUGGAAAGAUCCUUAGUAGUGCCCGGAGCCCAUUUCCCCGCAAUCCAGUAGUCUCACCGUUGCUGGUCGGACUUUCUGUAGUGCUUCUCUAUUAGGAGGCAAAAUGAAUUUGCUUAAAUCUGAAAUCUGUUUUUUGCUCCUCUGUAUAUGGUUUAAUAUGGUGUGCCCCCUUUAAAUGAUUCAGCUGAUCAUGGUGUUCAGCAAGGUCGAAGUGAACCUGAGAAGGCUGCUUCAGGAGGCUCCUCAGCAGCAGAAUCAGGCCAAGCUUGCCCAUUACAUAUCCACAGCCAGGGAGCUAUUGGAGCAGCUUGGAGCAGAAAUUACAACUGAAGGAGUACCAAGAGUUUCGAAAGCUAAGCUCAGUGAGUAUUCAGAAAAGAUUGAGGCGCUAGCUGCCACAUUUUCUGCUCCAGUGACAGAAAAUGACGAUCCAGUUGAUGAGAUCAAAGAAGAAAGCUCUUUGGAAAGAGAAAAGGUUGAAGGUCCAAUAUCCUUAUCAGCAGUAUUGAGAAGGAGAUCAACGGCUCAGGUGGAAGCUGGUACAAGCAAUAAUGAGAGGAAAGAGAGGGACACUGGAGCACCUAUUAAAUUGGAUUCAGAAGCUCAGGCUCACAUUGAGAAGCAUAGGAACCUGCAAGACAGUCUGAUAGACGAAAUGGUUGACUUAGCACGCCAGCUGAAGGAAAGUAGCCUUGUAGUGAACCAAUCCGUGCAAGAUACAGUGAAGAUCCUUGAUUCCACUGAGAGAGCCAUGGAGCAUAGCUUGGCAAGCACCGGGAGCGCAACGGCGCGAGCCUCUGAGGUCUACUCGCUGGCCUCCAAGACAACCUGCUUCCAGUGGUUGCUCAUCUUUCUGAUGACCUGCAUGUUCGUCAUGGUGGUUAUGCUCAUACGGGUCACCUGAUGUCGUUCGCCGCGACCACUGAAAACACUGUCAUCAAUAGCCGUUAAGAUUGUACAAUCUUCUAAAUGAUCCUUCUGAACAUAAACACGAACCAGUGUUCCGGAAGGAGCAUUGCUUCUCACUGUCAUUGUGCAGUUCGCUGAAGAAAGAUGCAUCGGCACUCUGUGCACCCAGGUAACUGUCAAGUUUCAGAGAACUCUGAAUAUUGUGGCUUCAGAAUAUACUUAAACUUGUUCUGCAUUGAUAUAUUAGUCAAGAGUAUUGAAAACA